AUGGCGGCUCAGGCGAACGAUGCGUCGUCGGUUGAUACGACGUCAUAUCCAUACAUUUUCGAGAAGAAUAUGUCUGUUCCCUUAAAAAACCGGAGCUUCAUCCGCUGCAAUGUCUACCGGCCAAAAACGUCGGACCCGAGUGGAAAGCACCCGGUUCUUGCCACAUAUGGUCCCUAUGGAAAGGACGUGCACUAUCACUACUUCAACGGUCCGAGUUAUGCAGACCUUAACCCAGACCACAAGACGGAACACUCAGCUUGGGAGACGCCAACUCCGAGCUACUGGACCAAGCAUGGCUAUGUUGUCGUUAGGGCUGACGAGAGCGGCUCGGGUCAGUCUCCUGGUUUCCUCGACUGCCUCUCGCCAGCCACGAUUGAUAGCUUUUGUGAGCUGAUCGAGUGGGCCUCCGAGCAAAGCUGGAGUAACGGCAAAGUCGGUCUCUUGGGAAUCAGCUAUUUUGGUGCGACCCAAUGGCAAGUCGCGGCUCGGAGACCCAAGGGUUUGGCUGCCAUUGUGCCGUGGGAAGGAUUUUCUGACUUCUACCGCGAUGCUACCCGACACGGUGGGAUUCUCUGCAACGCAGGUAUCGACGGAAUCUUCAAGAGACAGAUUGGUCCGAAUCAGUAUGGCCUCCCGGGACGAGCUGCACGAAAUCGGGGCGAUGACACUAUUGAGGGGUCGUUGUCCGAGGCUGAAUUGGCCACGAAUCGGGUUACCCUUGUUGACCGGGCGCGAGAGUCACGGUUUCGAGAUGGAGAUCACUACGCGUCGGUAAACUUCAACCUUGAAGACGUUCAGGUACCGUUGCUUAGUGUUGCCAAUUUGGGAGGGAUCCUGCUGCACCUUCGCGGCAAUGUGCAGGGCUACACCCAUGCGGGCUCGGAUUUCAAGUAUCUCCGUUUCAUUGUUGGACGGCAUGACCUUCCUUUUUAUUAUGCUGAAGAAGUCGAGAUUCAACGAAGCUUCUUGGACGCCUUUCUACUGGGCCAGGAUCGUGUAGGUUGGUCGAGGAAGGGAGCUGUCCCACCGGUCGAUUUAAUUCUGCGAAAAGGAAACGUGGGGUACAAUGAUCCUCAAUCUGAGAGCAAGUUCUUGAGGAGGAAGGAGAAUGAAUGGCCUAUUGCCAGGACGCAGUAUACGCCUCUGUUUCUCCAAUCUGAUGAAACUCUCUCGUGGACCAAGCCGACAGAUCUGACGAUGCCGCACAAGGUGGAGUAUCAUGCAUUUGGAGACGGUGACAAUUGCCGUCCUUCCGUGUCCUUUACAUCACCCCAAUUUGAGUUGGAAACAGAGAUCACCGGCCACAUUGUGGUCCGGCUCAACGUUUCCAUGAGCCGCUGUCGCUGGCAGUCGACCACGCCUUCCGAUAUGGAUUUAUUCCUGUCUCUCCGUCACAUCGCAUCGUCUGGUGAGGAAGUAUUCUACACGGGGACUACGGGAGAGCCCGCUCCGAUUACGAAGGGCUCCCUGAGGGUGAGUUUGCGACGGACGAACCCUCAGCACCCUCGGCAUCGCCCUUGGCUGCCUCAUCGCGAUUAUCUCUCUACCGAUGUCCUUCCAGUGAUCCCCAAUGAGGUCUACACCGUGGAUGUGGAACUGUGGCCUACAAACGUUGUGGUGCAAAGAGGUGAGCGCCUAGUCCUCGAUAUUGGCGCAUCUGAACUGGCUGGCAGUGGUCUAUUCCAGCAUGAUGAUCCAAGUGACAGGGCAGAAACCGUUUUUAAAGGCAACAAUUAUGUGCACUUCGGGGCCAAUUACGAUAACUGGAUAACUCUGCCCGUCAUUCCCAACGGCAUCUGAUCCAUACACUGCUACAUUCCCUUCGAGUUCCU